GGUAGGCAGAGCAGAUAGAGAGAGGAGGACACACGCGCACACUUAACACCCACACGCGCAGUAUUCAAGGUUUAUUUUCACAUGUCGGCUCUCUGUCAUAGGGCGGCAAUUUUCUUUAGUUAAUUUAGGAUUUUUAAACACAGGUUAUUUUACACACAAACGAGUGUCAGACACCGUUUUAGUAGUCUACAGAAGUGCAUGUUUGCUACUUUAGUGAAUAGGAUGCUCGUAUUCUCCUGCCGACCCGCUGCUGUUUGACACUUUUCCCCCUCCGAGCUGGAUUCACUAACCGGUGUGUUUUCUUACCGGGGGGAAGUUGGGCUCAUUUGAACUUUUCUGGCCGUAGCCCACUUUUGAUGCCACGGAAAUGGGACCGCGCCAACGGGAGAGCGUGUCCGUGCUUUGUAGUAAAAGUUUGCUUUGGACUGUGCUGAUACUCUGGCUGACCACGUUUGUUGACGGGACCUGGAAGACGGGACUUUACAAAACCUACUCAGCCGGGACAGCAGUCUCUCACUCCUCAGUCUAUCAGAAAAGGAACUGGUGUCCUCAUACGGUCACCAAGACAGUGACUUGCCAGGUGCAGAAUGGGACAAUCCUGCAGCGGGUCUACCAGACGUGCCGCUGGCCUCAGGGAUGUACAGGAGGCAGCUACAGGACCGUGGUGAGACCUUCCUAUAAAGUGGUGUAUCGCACUGUGACCUCUCUGGAGUGGAAAUGCUGUCCAGGAUUCAGCGGCGCUGCCUGUGAAGAAGAUGCAGGGAACCAGCUUGCAGCUCAAGAGGCAGUGAGGAAACCAUCCACGCUACGCCGCCCGCCUGCACGCACAGGAGAGUCGAUCUCUAAUUGUCUCAACUGCAGUCGAGUCACAGCUUUGACUGACCGGCUGAGCUCACUGGAGGCAAAGGUUCAAUUAUUCACUGCCCCGGCCUCCAUAUCAGAACGCAACCUUCAGGGUAAAGGAGGAACUGCACCAGAGGCCUCAUUACUGAUGGGGGCUGUGCCCGCUCAGGGAGCUCCUGGUGAGCAGGGACCUGCAGGACCUCAGGGGGAAAAGGGGAGAGAUGGACUUCCUGGCAGAGAAGGGAAGGCAGGGUCUCGAGGGCUGCCAGGUCCCAGUGGGCCUUGGGGGGAGACCGGGGGGAGGGGCCCAUCUGGAGCCCCUGGAUUGAAGGGAUCCUCAGGACCUGCAGGCCCCCGUGGUCCAUCAGGACUCCCAGGAGGGAGGGGUCUACCAGGCCCGCCAGGCCCUCCAGGGCCUCCAGCUCCAGCCAGUGCCCACAUCAUAGAACCAGACCAAAGUCGUAGAAAAGAUCCUUUCUUCAGCAACACUUUCCAUGACUCACGAGGGUUGCCUGUUCCAGGACCUCAGGGUCCCUCCGGGCCUAUUGGUCCACCAGGUCCCAAAGGCCCAGUAGGACCUCCCGGCCCAUCAGGACAGAAUGGUAAAUCUGGAGCCCCUGGAACGCAGGGCCCUCUGGGGCCAAAGGGAGAACGUGGGGAGAGAGGUCCUUUAGGUUACCCAGGAGAGAGGGGCUUCAGAGGCGAGCCGGGAACAUCAGGUUCAAAGGGAGAGCCAGGAGAGAAGGGCUUACCGAGCAAUCUAAAUGGGGACGGAAUACAUCAGAUCAGAGAGGCGCUGAAGAUCUUAGCCGAGAGGGUUUUAAUCCUUGAGACUAUGAUCGGUAUUCAUGAGCCUGAUCUAGGGUCUGGGGACGGACCGUUUGGCACAGCCUCCCCUAGUUUCUACAGAGAUAAGCGAGCAGGUGCGCUUCCAUAUCGACUUGCUUCUCCUCUGUCCUCCAACACCAAGGUUCGAGGGAAGUAGCCCCCCCCCCCCCCCUGCUCACCCUGAGGAUCACAGGCUGGGUUGACUCCCCCUCCCCUAGGUCUCAUCGGCACUCAACAGAUUUAGACCUUAUCUGAUACCCUCUCUGGGCAUUACUAUCAGAUUUAGGAUGGGGGACACCUCAGGGAAACUCCACUGAUACUCCACAAUGCCCUCCUCCAUCGGGAAUCUGAAAACUAGUUUGACCCCCACCCAUCGCCAUAACCAAACACUUAUCUUUCCAUAACACACCUAGCAGCUCCUUCUGUGUCUCGUGUCUUUGGCUGCAGAAGUAAAGCCGCGGAAUAAAGAUGUUUAAUGUUUGAAAAAAAGGAAACUCUGAAUCUUCUGGACAAUAGGGGUCAUUUAGAGCAAUCAAUUAACGGUGGAAUCAGAUGUGAGGAAAAAGACUGGAUUUGCGUUUGUAUUGCUUUCACAAUGUAACUGCAACCUGAAGAGAUUCCACUAUUUAAGUAUAUUGAGCAUGUACAGUUUGCAGGACACAAGUACACAAACAAACCUCUUCUAGUAUUAAUUUAGUUAUACUUCUCAUAUUGUUUAACUCAAUGUUAUGUAGUGCACUAAAAAGAUGAAGUCAUCUCCACUCUAACUGAGAUGUGUUGCUAACAGUGAUUUGUAGAGUGUUUUCCCGCUUCAAGUACACAAUGAUAAAGUGGUUGAAUAUACAAUAGUGUAUUUACAUUUAUUCUGUGCAAAAAGAAAGCACACACAUUUGGGUUUGGUGGCAUAUCAAUGUACACACUCAUAAAUGAUGUUGUAUUCUGGAAACAAGAACUCUGCAAACUGGCUGUCCAUUUCAAGAUCUUUAACACACACGGAGGAAAAAGCAAAACUGUUAAAUGGAACUUGAACAUAUUUUUACCACUGUUGACGGCUUAAACUGUCCUGAUGAAAAGACUUGAUAAUUGUUGUUUUCAUCUUAUAUCAAUCUUAUUGUGAAACUAUUUAAAAUGAUCAAUUGUAUCUUAUUUUGUAUGCUGUUGUGUAACCAUUUCAUAUUUCAUUCAACAUUUGUUUCUUGCAAGUUACUGUGUUAAAGUAAUCCUGUCUAGAUGAUUGGUGUAAUAAAAUAAUGUUCAUUGUUUGUUUUUUUAA